UAAACUUGUACAUUAUUCUUUCAUUUGAGGAAGAAUACAAAUGUCCUAAUAAUCAAAAAACCCAGUGUUUACUGUCAUCAAAAACUAAUCUAUCGAUCUACAUAAAAUGACCAAAUUGUUGAAUACCAUGAAAGAACCAUUACGUCAUCAUCAUCAUCAUCAUCACCAUAUCACUACUAAUCAACCGCCAGUCAUGACAAUCACAUCAAGUUUUACUGAUUUAACAAAAUUAACUACAAAAAUAUCCACUAGUAAUGAUAAUAAUCAUAUGAAUAUGAAUAAUAGUAAUCAUCUUGGCAGUGGGAGUAACAAUACUACUAAUAAUCACAGUAUCACAAGUAGUAUAAGUAGCAGUGGCAGUAGCAGCAGUAGCAGUGGUCAUUGUAGUGAUAAUAACGAUUUGAAUGGUACCACAACGCAUUUACUACUUGAAAAUUGUGAUGAUGCCUUAUUGUCAUCAUGUAACAGUUCAAUUAUUAUGGAUGAACAUGAAAUGGAUUCAGGCAGUAAUUCACCGAUAACUAUAGCAACAACCAAUGAGGAUCGGAUGACUGGUAAUAAUGACAGCAGCAACCACAACAACGCUGACACUAACAUUAUACAUAACAGUACACACACAAAUAUACACACAUCAUCCUUAUCAACGUCGUCAUCGUCAUCAUCAUCAGCAUCAGCAACAUCAUCAUCCGUACUGGUGGAAUGUCAUCCACUUAAUAGUUUAAAAAAUAAAGAAUCCAAUCAUGAUUUACGUUGGAAUAUGAAAAGUACCAAAUUAUUUGUUGGACAAAUACCAAGAAAUAUGCAAGAAAAUGAUUUACGCAUGAUAUUUGAACAAUUUGGACCAAUUUAUGAUUUGUUAAUUUUAAGAGAUAAAAUUACUGGAAUGCAUAAAGGUGAGUGA